UACAUUAACAAUAUAAUUUCAGAACUAAUCAAUUAACACGUAGCGCUAAAUCCGCUUCGCUAAUUAAAACGAUUAAAUGUGUAAAUCAUCGGGCUUAAUGCAGCUGAAUUCCAAAGGCUAGUGAUAUCGUGUGAUAGGUAAUCUGUAGGGCCCAAUUCGGUAUAUUAGUUGACACAGUGUUAAGUGCUUUGUAUGCAAUUGAAUAAGGUACGAAUGUUGAGAAUCUCAUUGUUGCUAUUCCUUGUCAUUGUGACCCGCGCCUCUGUGAUUUUCGAGGACUGCGGGUCCGCUUACGACUUAGUGACUGUUAACAUAGAUGGAUGCGGGAGAAGUCUGCCCUGCUAUGUUACACUGGGGGAAAAUAUUCCAGUGAGUGUCCGCUUUUAUGCAGAUUUUGCUUCACUAGAACUAGAUCAGGAUGUGAUUAUCAAAUUGAAUUUUGUUAAUGCGAAAACGCCAGUAACUCCCGAACCUUGCGAUAUUUUACCAUGUCCGGUGCAGACAGACGCUAUAACCUCAUUCACCAGUGUCAUGACCGUGCCGACGAAUAUGGCUUUGAAUCAACGUGGCUAUCUCCAGUGGCGUGUCUAUAAUGAGAAAAACCUCGAAGUCUUGUGCUAUUCCGUAUUGGUACAAACUCAAAAUUAUGUACAAAAAAUGCUACGACGGAGCUCUCACUUGUCACACAAUAAUAAAAUGAAAAUCGAUAAACAUUUUGGAGGAAAUUUGGCAGCCCCUAAUGCAACCAUUGAGUUUUAUGCUUAAUUAGUGCUCUAUAUGGUUACUUUUUCUUCGGUUACUGGUUUCUUUUUGGGUGCCCCAAUUUUCAAAAAUACUUAUUUAGCUAUCAACUCUAUCUAAAUUAAAACAC